CGGGCGGGCCGGGCACACGCCGGCCCCGCUCCUGUCACCGCCUGCGUCAGAGCCCGGAGUUUUCCACUGACGAAAAAGGGCAGCGCGGCGGCGGCGCAGCCCCGGCAGCGGCAGAGCGGGAGGCGCCGCGCCAGGCACCGCCGCUGCAGCCGGAGCCGCCGCGCCGAGACCCGCCGCCGCCGAAGUUAUAUGAAAAAUACGGCGUCACCAUGAGCGGAGUGUUGAAAAGGAAGUACGAAGAGCUGGGGGAUGACAGCACCUACUGCUCCUCCUCCUCCUGCUCCCCGCUCUCCUCCUCGGCGUCCUCGGGCUGGGAGUCGGAUGAGGAGAGUUCCCGCGGGGAGAACAAGCCCAGCUCUGCCUUAACGCCCAGCUUCACCCCCACGUCUAUCCUGAAGAAAACCAAGCGACUAAAGAAGAACAAUGUGGAGUUUGACCGGGUCACUGUGUUUUACUUCCCACGCUGCCAGGGGUUCACGAGCGUGCCUAGUCGUGGGGGCUGCACCCUGGGGAUGGUGAGCAAACACAGCUCCUCCCGGCAGUUCACGCUGGCGGAGUUUUCCAAGGAGCAGGAAAACGUUCGCCGGGAGAAACUCGAAGAGAAAUUGAAAGAGGAGAAGUUGGAAGCGUUGAAAUGGAAGCUAACCAUGAACGGCACGAAGGAGUCAGAGGAGGCUAACCAGCUCACCAUCGACGACAUCUCUGACGACGACAUCGACGUCAGCAACGUGGACCUGGAGGACGGCUUCUUCCUCCAGCCCUACCCCGCCAAGAAGAGACGCGCGCUGCUGAAAGCCGUGGGGGUGAAGAAGAUUGACAAGGAGGAGAAGCGGGAGCUGCACAACAUCCGUCUGUCCCGGGAGGACUGUGGCUGCGACUGCCGGGAGGUCUGUGACCCCGAGACCUGCAGCUGCAGCUUGGCAGGCAUCAAAUGUCAGAUGGAUCACACCUCGUUCCCUUGCGGCUGCACCAAGGACGGCUGCGGCAACACCGAGGGCAGGAUUGAGUUCAACCAGGCCCGUGUUCAGACCCACUUCAUCCACACCAUCAUGAAGCUGGAGCUGGAGAAGCAGCAGCAGAGCAGCGAGAAGGCGGCAGAGGCCGAACCACCUUUUCGGGAGCGGCUCCCGCCCUUGGGAUGCGCGGCGGGGAAGGGCUCUUUGGAGGAACGCGCCGUGCCGCUGGCACCCGCCUUCCAGUUCAGCCCCGACCUGGAGGCCCUGGGGGAGAACAGCUGCAGCAGCGACAUGACGGACUCCUCCAUCUCCUCCCACCCCAGCGAGGACCUGGAGGAGCCCUACGAGAGCCUCCCCUCCGACAAAUCCCAGUCGGACGUGGACGACGACGGCUUGGCCCGCAUCCUCCACUUCAAUGACUCGGAUGCCGAAGAAGAGGGCGGCCGUGGCCAGGAUGACCUGAGCUGCUUCAACCCCACUGACUUCUUCAUCGAGGACCACGGCAGCGAGGCCAAGCCCGUCCCUGGCCACUUGUCCCACCUCUCCGAGUGCCUGGACGAGAAUGCCAACCAGGACGGCGGGGGUUUGCUGGAGGAUGCUGCCCACGCGCGGUGCGACGGGCUGUCCUGCUGCGCCCCGUCCCCAGCCGAGCCUUGCUCCAAGAGCUACGCCGACCUCAGCCUUUCCUCCGACUCCUUGGAUUUCUUCCAGUCCUUCUCAGACUAUAACUUGGGACCUCUUUACAACUCCUUAAAGGAGUACGAGAACCUCGAUAACUUCUCAGCGUUACAGUUUCAGUUGCCUAAUUUCCCCAGCUUCCCGCAAGCUGGAGAUCAGGGCUCCUGUUUCUUGGAGUCCCUCAUCGGUUUGUCAGAAUCCGUCCCCGAAACCCCGGCCCCUUUCACAGACAAUCAACUUUUGGAGGAUGCCAUCAAGUCGUCGCUGAUGGAGACAGUCAAAGUGUGAAAUGCCCACGUGGCUGGGGCGGCAAGGACCGGUGCCAAAAUGAAACCUGAAGAACAGUCGGGUGGGCAAACUUUCGUAAGAAGGAUGAUAUUGCUACUCAAAAUAAGGAGGAAAACAACAACAACAACGAAACUUUCUAAGCAAACAAACUAUUUUUGGUCUUUAUAGAACGUGGACGUUUUGACAUACUGCAGCUACAAUCAGUUCUCUUGCUGUUUGUGCAAAAGUUUCUAAACUUUCGUGAUGGGGUGGGGUGGGAGGGAGGGAAAAAGACUUUCACGUAUGAAUUUCCUUGUGUUUUGUAUGAAAAGACCUGUUGAGAAAUACUCCUCGCUAACGUUGCCAGUCGUACACACAGCCCCUUCUAGAAACGUUUCAGUGUUGCAGGAACUUUUUACGACAACUUUUUGAAGCUGUAUUUAUUGUGAAAAUUUGUGGUUUGCGUAAGAGUUAGCCCGACACGCUCUUACGUUUAAAUCUGACAACGUUUACAGAAGAGAUCCAUACACUAUAUACGUAAUCAUUCUUCAUCUAUUUAUUGCAAAUUCCAGAAUUUAACUAGCCACCGAAGCUUGAACUAGCAUGAAACCUUAUUUAAAUUGGUAAUACCUCAGAUGUAUUAUGUGCACAAUCUUUUUUUUUUGUUUGUUUUUUUGCAUAAUAUAUCUGUAUUUAUUUAUUUUCUACCUGUAGUACAUUACUAGCACUGUGGUUUACCCAUGACCUGGAAGGGCAGUAAGGUCUUCAGCAGCACCCGUCCUAAAGAUGAUGUGAUUUUCUGAGUCUGAAAGGUGCUGCCUGUUGGGUCUUCACUUCACAUUUCUAAAAGAGCUGAAUGCAAAGGGCUGGGAGGGGGGAAAUGGAGGAAACGUUUGUGCAACGUCCUUUGGUUUCUUAUCAACCCUCUAGUAAACAUGGUGAUGAUGUCUCAUCUCCUUAACAUCUCAAUGGAGAGCAAACCAACCAAAACCUUCAGCUAUUCCAGAAAUAACACGGACUAGCUCUAUUUAAAGCAAACAAAAGAAAUGAAACCCCUUCUCCUAAAUUAUGGCCAUGAGCUCUGUCGUGAUCCAUUGCGGUGACUGAACAUGCGGAGGAACCCAUAGCGGUGGUGAUGGGGGGUGUUGUCAUGGGAAGGACCUUUGAGCAAAGCCAACACCAGCAACACUGUGCUCAUGCUCCUCAGCAAGUGCUCCUUAGGGCUCCCCGAUGGCAUCGCAGCUCCAAAAUCUGCAGGGGCAGACUCUUUAUACUAUUUUUUUAAUAUAUAUACAUAUAGGCAAAUCGGGUAAAUCAAAUAAAAUUAGAUGGAUAUGAAGGUUAUUGGGUUAUUUAUCCUUUGAGCACGGUUUUAGAGGGAUUUAAAAAUAACGCAUGGAAACAAAGCUGAAAAACGCAAAGGCUUUGUGUUUGUAAAGUGCAAUCAUUGUGUUUAGGAAGAAUAUCGGGGACCCUCUUGGCCUUUUGCUGUUUAAAUCAGUCUGAGAACAUGACACUAUUUGGCCGUGAGAUAUAACUGGACAUAACACCUGUGAUACACUAAGUGCCUACGCAAGUGGUAUGAAAAACAUAACAAAACAACAAAAAGGGACUUUGGAACUUGCUGGCUUUAAAUCCCACUUGGAAAAUGUGAUAUUGGGUAAUGGGAGUGAUUCCUGGCGGAGACACCCAGACUGGGGAAAUGAAAUACCCAAAAAUAUGGAUUUGAGUUUGGUUUUCCAUUGGCUGAGCUGUUUAUAUCCCUGACAAGAGGGAUGGUGCUCUCGGCCACCCGCAAUUCCACAGGCACCUCGCACAAACCUGCCGGCGAUUUAGGAAAGUUCUGGUGUACGAAUGUGGCGGAGACUGGGUUGUUUGGGGUUUAUUUUAAUUGUUUCUUAUUCCUAUAUUUAAUUGUACAUCUCUGGUAUUGAGCCGGUCAACUUGGAAGCGGAGCUGACCCGCAUCCUCCCCCAAAGCAUCGUCCCCGGGGGUGUCCCCACCGGGCAAGAGGGCGACUGCAGGAAUACUACUGGCAGAUGGAGGAUUUCCUAAAUAUAUAUUAUUAUUAUUAUUAAUUAUUAUUAUUAUUUUGUCGUCGUUUCUUUAGGUUGAAAAAUCCCCUUCAGUUAUCUCCUAGGUGGUAGUUUCUAUCGUUCAGACUGCAUCAAAAAAUACUGACAGUUGAAAGUCUGGUACCAUUUCUAUUUAUUGGCACUAAUAUAUUUUGUAACAUUCCUGGGUUUCUCUGCGUAUAUAUAUAUAUUUAUAUAUAUAAAAUAUAUGCAUAUAUUUUAUAUAUAUAUACACACUUUUUUUAAAUGAAUGAUGGGGGUAGACUCCUGCCUUUGUGGAUUUUUUUCUAUAAUUUAUUCUUUGUGUUGGUGCCAAAACAAAAAGAAAAAAGAUAUUUUUCCUUUUUUUUUUUCUUUUUUCCAGGGCACUGAAUUGUAAAUAUACAAUUAUUUUUUUCUUCUCGGUAUCUGUGUAAAAAGUUGCCUGUUAAACAGUUUAAAAACUGGGUAUUUAUUGACACAAUCUGUAAUUAUCUAAUGUAUUGAUUGAAACGCUUUGGUUUCAACAUAGCUUUAUUUUAGCUUUCUUUGUGUAUAUAUUGUGAUUAUGUUGCUUAAAGGUACAAGUUAAAGAAAUGCUUUAUUUUUACCUUAUCCAUUUGCAUUUGUUUAUAAAAAAAGAAGCAUAUUUGUCUACAGCUGCUGUCUCUCAUUUCAUUGAAGCAAUAUGAAGAAAUUUCCAUUACACUUUCAAUAAAAGAAUUUUGUUGGAA